UAAGCCGAGGGCCGCUGCUGGCAACCUCAGCAGCCUGCCCUGUGAGCCGCCAGUAUGGAUGACAUCUACAAGGCUGCGGUAGAGCAGCUGACAGAAGAGCAGAAAAAUGAGUUCAAGGCAGCCUUUGACAUCUUCGUGCUGGGCGCCGAGGAUGGCUGCAUCAGCACCAAGGAGCUGGGCAAAGUGAUGAGGAUGCUGGGCCAGAACCCCACACCUGAGGAACUGCAGGAGAUGAUUGACGAGGUGGAUGAAGACGGGAGUGGCACAGUGGACUUCGAUGAGUUCUUGGUCAUGAUGGUUCGGUGCAUGAAGGAUGACAGCAAAGGAAAGUCUGAGGAGGAGCUUUCUGACCUCUUCCGCAUGUUUGACAAAAACGCUGAUGGCUAUAUCGACCUGGAGGAGCUGAAGAUAAUGCUUCAGGCGACAGGUGAGACCAUCACAGAGGAUGACAUCGAGGAGCUCAUGAAAGAUGGUGACAAGAACAAUGAUGGUCGCAUUGACUAUGACGAAUUCCUGGAGUUCAUGAAGGGGGUGGAGUAAACACCGACCUUCGUUCAGAGCUGCCUGUACCACCUUCCAACUCCAGCCCAGCCCCGGGGUUGUGGGCAGGGAGCCAGAGUCCCCAGGAUAUGAAUUUGGGUAUUGCUUGACCACAGGCCCUCCCUGACUACCUUACCCAGCCCUGUCCUAGAGAAUGCAAAUAAAGCCCUGCUCCUUGGA